CGUGCGAAGGCCGCCGAGGAACUUCUCGACAAGGGGAAAGGGCGCGCGAGGGUCGACGAGGAGGUCGCCGAGUUGUCGGACGACCCUUCAGUCAAGACUCCUCGAACGCUCGAACGUCCGUUCGCGAUGGCGGAGGUCGAUAUGGCCGCCGCUGCGCUUGAGAAGCGCCAGGCCGGUCAGAAGUGUGAUCGUUGCGCCGGCCACCGCUCGGCCCCGGUCAAAUGUGUUUGGGUCGAGAACGCUACGACCUGCGAGAGGUGCGCGCAGUUCCAACAGGGUUGCUACUUCGACAAGGUAUCCGUGCUUGGGAAGACGAAGAAAACGCGCGGCGGGGGUUCAACCACAAAAAAGCGCAUUCGGCCGACCUCUCCUGGGCCUUCGGUCGCGGACUCGAGUGGUUCGAAGAAGCGCCGAGUCGACGAGCCUCCGCGCCCCCUGCUUCGACUGCCUCUCGAUGGGGCCGGCCGCCUUGGCCUUGAACAGGAUGAUCUCGAUGCGCUCGACCUCGACGACGAAUCUCGGGGGAUAAUUCGCGUCAUCCGCGAGGAGCGCGCCUUCAUCGCUCGCCGUCGAGCGCUCCUCCAUGACAUGGACCUCGACCUCCAAAAGAUGGAGAAGGCCGCGCUUGCAAAGGGAGGAAUCGGGUUCGUGCGCGGGGCUGUCGACGAUGACUAG